UUCCUUCACGUGUAUCACCACUGUGGUAUGGUAGUAGCUGCUUGGAUUUGCGUUAAAUAUUAUCCAGGUGGCCAUGGUACUUUUAUAGGAUUAAUCAACACAUUCGUUCACUCAAUAAUGUACACAUAUUAUUUGCUGUCAUCUAUGAAAAUAAACAUGAAAUCGUGGAAAAAGCAUAUUACUCAGCUACAAAUGAUCCAGUUCUUCAUAGUAGCACUUCACAUCACCCAAUUAUUCUGGACGGAUUGCGAAUACCCGAAAUGGACAGCGUUCGUUCUGAUACCGCAAAAUGUCUUCCUACUUUUAUUAUUUGCAGAAUUUUAUUACUAUGCCUACGUUAAGCCAACGAAUUCAGCAACGUCAACGGAAUUGAAAGGGAACAGCGUCUCAUUCGACCCGAAUGACAAAGUAAAAAUAACAUAAAAAAUGAACGUAAUAUAUUUCCUGCUCGAUUGUCCUGUCUUUUUAUUUUACUACUACUGAUGUACCGGGACCAAAAUUAUACAUAAAUCUCGCUUGUAAUUUGAGAACUCGCGAUGAAA